AAUAUCGCGUUUGAUGAAGUGACCUUGUGUCUCAAUCCUUAUGUUGAGUCAACAACUUCUGCAGGAUAUGACAGCAACACGACCGCCUUCUCUUAUUACCAAUGCACAUGGUUCCAGGAAGACCCCACAUGACGAGCCUUACACACCCGUGUCCUGCGUGUGUGGCAUGUACACACCUGUGGAGCUGAUCGAGGAAGUGCGAGGGUUAGUACUUCAGGUGUGUUUUUCGCCAGUAUUAAGGAGUACUUCUUACACAGGACGGGUUGUAACGAGGCUAUUCAACCAAGCACAUUAUUGGAUAUAGUCUGAAGGCAGUCAGUUAUCCAUAAGGAAGGGACGGAAGUGAUGCAAUAUUGAAGAAGUUAACUAUGGCUCCACAUCCUGUCACUCAGGCCAUUAUUGAUCUGUCAGCUGGAGCAUGUGGUGGGAUUGCAUGUGUGCUAAGCGGGCAGCCCUUUGAUACAGCCAAGGUGAAGAUGCAGACUUUCCCCAGCUUGUACAGAGGCUUUGUCCACUGCUUCGUCUCAGUCUAUAAACAGGUUGGACUGCGAGGGCUCUAUCAGGGCACCACACCUGCCCUCAUUGCCAACAUUGCUGAAAACGCUGUGCUCUUCAUGAGCUACGGCUUCUGCCAGAAUGUUGUCCGCUUUGUCUCAGGACUGGACCAAUCCGCAGAACUCAGUGAUGUUCAGAAGGCCUGCUCAGGCUCUGUUGCUUCUAUCUUCUCCUCUCUGGCUUUAUGCCCCACUGAACUGGUUAAAUGUCGGCUGCAGGCCAUGCAUGAAAUGGAGGCAUCCGGCAAGAUCGCCAGUGGACAGAAAAGCACGGUGUGGUCUGUUGUGAAAAAUGUGUUACGGACAAACGGACCUCUGGGUUUCUAUCAGGGUCUCACCACCACUAUAGUCCGUGAGAUACCUGGAUACUUCUGUUUCUUUGGAGGAUAUGAACUCAGCCGCUCAAUGUUUGCCCAACACAUGGGAAGAGACAAAGAGCACAUAGGUGUUGUGCCCUUGAUGUUCAGUGGUGGUUUUGGCGGUGCCUGUCUGUGGUUGGUUGUGUACCCCAUAGACUGUGUGAAGUCUCGCAUCCAGGUUCUGUCUUUAGCAGGGAAACAGGAAGGCUUCCUCAAGACUCUUAUGGGGAUUUUACGAAAUGAGGGAGUGGCACCACUGUAUUCCGGUUUGACCCCUACUAUGAUCCGAACAUUUCCUGCAAAUGGAGCUCUCUUUUUAGCCUAUGAAGUCAGUCGCAAGAUAAUGAUGCAACAGUUUGAACACUGAGUCCAGUCUUUUUAAUGCCAUAUUUGGUUGCUUUUAAAACAUCCUUAAUGAUGUCUUGGUAUACACAUAUCUGAACAACUUUAAAGGCUAAAAAGGCCUGUGUUUGACAGAUGUGUGAACAAACAAUACUGUAUUUUAUUUUUUUGGUGUUUUAUAAAAUGCACUCCUUAUGUUGCAACCUCUUGGACUUUACACAAAUACAACCACUUUACAAACACUUAAGCUGCACUGUCAUUUUCAUUUAAACAUGAUCAAAUAUUAAAGAAUUAAAACAGUUUAUUUAGAAAUUAAAUAUUAAUUUAUUAAGAGUUUUAUCAAAUAUUUGGAAUUAUUUACAGAGUAGUACUAUCAAUAUUAAAUUAAUAUUUAUAUUGUAUUAAUGAAAGAACUACAACUAUUACCAUGUUAAUUUAAGAAUAUUUUUUAUAUUUGUUUAUGAACACAUUUAUUCAUUUAUAUUAUUGUAUUUGUUUUUAUUUAUUUUUCUAUUAUUAGUUAUUUAUUUUUAGUUUGGAACUCCAUAGAACAAAGCUCCUUUCCAUACAAUGGCAGUUCACACUGACCAAACUGAUUAACUUUCAAAGGGACAAAAACAUAUUACAAACAUUUAAAAAGUUAUAGAAUUUGCUUUAAUAUAAACUGUCAUUAUGUCCAUAUUUACAACAUAAUCACUCCCGUCUGGUGAGUUCACAAACUUCUGCAAAUGGAUGACUGAAUCAGUGAGAUGAAUUAAAGAACCUAAUCAUUUAAAUUUGGUAAUUUUGGUAUGGUCAAACUGUUGGUGUGUCCUUGUCCAAAAUUAUUUUAUAGUAUGAGAAUAUGCUACUUGUAUUGUGUUUUUGUAGCAUUAUGAUGUGUUUGCCCCUACACACUAUUCAGCAAAUGUGCAAACCUGUUACCCAAUAUGCCAUAUGUCUUAAUAAUUGUAUUAUUAUUAUUAUUAGAUUUUCAUUAUUAAAAUAUUAAAUCAUCGUGUGUUCAUUUUGAUCCCCCUUAUAAACUGCAAUAUUUUUAUAUGGGUUUUUUAUGUAAAAAAAUUGCUUCCCACAAGCAAAUGUUUGGACUGAGAAUGCCAAAAGCAAUGCUCUACAGGCCUACUAGGAUCAAUUGUAGAAAAUCAGUGAUUACAGCCCUACAGUUUAAUAUUAUUUCUGAGCCAAAUAUGAAGGAAUAUAUUUAAAUCCACAUCAGGAAGAACAUACAACACAAGCAACUCAAGUGUGUUAUUAUAUCUCCGUGUAGGUGAUUGCAGCUGAGGAUGAGAUGAACGCCUCACAGGAACUGAAGGAAGCGUCUCUGCUGAUCGCUGAGUCACCAUUAGCUCUGCGGCUAUGAUACCUCCAGACUCUAAACACCAUCGCAGUAGAAAUAAACUCCUCCAUCAUCUUC